AUGUCUUCUAAGAAUUUAUCAGCUCAAAUGGGCCCUAUCUAUCGCAUUCCACCGUACUAUUAUUUACACGUAUUAGACCAGAAUACAAGUGUAACACGAUUAGAAAUUGGUCCAAAAAAGUUUUUUAAACAAGAUAAUGAAACAAUAGUAUUUGGACCUGACCAAAUGAUCACGUUAGCACCAAGACACUAUUGUGUUGUUGAAAAUCCUGUUGUGAAAAAUGAAAAUGGUCAAGCACAAUUCGAUAAGAAUGGCCAAGUGAAAUUGUCAUAUGGUAGUCUUGACGUUCGGCUAGAACAAGAUUAUAAAGAACCAUUUCCAUUGUAUCCUGGCGAAGUUUUAAAUCAAGCUCCCACACGUUUGAAAUAUGCCGGCGCUAAUUCAGCAUUAAGGUUAAAAGCUGUUUUAGACUUUGAUGACAACGGAGAGCAACGCAAAGCUGGUGAUGAAUGGCUAUUCGAAGGACCAGGUACGUAUACACCACGCAAAGAAGUGUCAGUUGAAGAACAUAUUUCGGCUACGGUGAUUGGUACAAAUCAAGCCGUAAAAUUGACGGCGAAAAAAGAGCUCAUCGAUCGUACGGGGCAGCGUCGUGUAGCAGGCGAAAGCUGGUUAGUAAAACAAGUGGGUGCCUAUUUGCCAUUGGCUUAUGAAAUGGUAGUGAGCACUGAAAAUGCCUAUGUUGUGACAGAUAAAAGAGCUCUGCAUUUACGUGCCCUUAAAACAUUCAUUGAUGAUUUUGGCCAGACUAGAAACAAUGGUGACGAAUGGCUAAUCACGAAAGAACAAACUGAAACACAUAUUUUGAAUGUCUACGAACAGCUUGUAGCGAUUAUUGAUAUGAAAACACUAAAUUCAAGACAAUAUUGCGUUAUUUUAAAUCCAUUUUCAGCUGAUGGUAAAAAUCAAUUUGGCAAGAGGAAACUAGUCGUUGGUGAAAAAUCCUUUUUUCUACAACCCAAUGAGCAGAUGGAGAAAGGAAUUCAAGAUGUGUUCAUUCUAUGUGGAGAUGAAGGUGUUGUAGUCAAAUGUAUCGAAUCGUUUCAAGAUGAAAUAGAUAAUGUAAUCCGUGUACCAGGUGAACAAUGGGUAGUGAGAGGGCCAAGAGAGUAUAUACCGCCCGUUCAAGUCGAAGUAUUACAAAAAAGAAAAGCCAUACCUUUGGAUGAAAACGAAGGUAUCUAUGUUCGAAACUUGAUAACUGGUCGUGUUCGUGCCGUCAUUGGUAAUCCAUAUAUGUUAACACAAGAUGAAGAACUAUGGGAAAAAGAACUACCAGUUGGAAUAGAAGAGUUCCUUCGACGAGAUUCUCUGUUUGAAAAAUCUACCAGAACAACUGCAACGUCAUCGUCGCAAACGACAAAACGUGAAAAAUCUAAAGUAGUCACAUAUCGAGUUCCGCAAAAUCAAGCCGUACAAGUCUAUGAUUACAAAGCCAAAACUCCAAGAAUUAUCUUUGGACCAGAAUUAGUCAUGUUAGGACCAGAUGAACAUUUUACAUAUAUAAAUCUUUCUGGAUCUCUUAUUGUUUCUUUACUUUCGCUUGUAUUUCUGUCUAUACUUUUGGUCCUGAGACGAUUUGUGACUAACAAACGAAUUUUCUUUCCGUCUAUUUUUGCAUUGAUAUUAUGCUUUUUUCUACGCCGUUAUAUUUAA